GCUAAAGAAAAAAGCGGAGCGGAAGUGUUUCCCGGUUUCUAAAAGGUAGUUCUGGUUCGAGUUCGGUUCGCACGGAAAGAUGAACGCUCCUCCGGCAUUCGAGUCAUUUUUGCUCUUUGAGGGAGAGAAAAAAAUCAGUAUUAGCAAAGAUACGAAAGUUCCCAACGCUUGUUUGUUCACGCUAAACAAGGAGGACCACACGCUGGGAAACAUCAUCAGAGCUCAGCUGCUGAAGGAUCCUCAGGUUCUGUUCGCCGGUUACAAGGUUCCCCAUCCUCUGGAGCACAAGAUCGUCAUCCGAGUCCAAACCACCCCUGACUACAGUCCCCAGGAAGCCUUCACCAAUGCCAUCACAGACCUGAUCAGUGAGCUGUCGCUGCUGGAGGAACGCUUCAGAGUCGCCAUCAAAGACAAACAGGAUGGGAUCGAGUGACUCCGCCCACCUCACAGCCUCCUUUCUGUUUUGUUUUGUUUUGUUUUUCCUAAUAAAGAUGUGAUUUUAUGUCCUG